AGUAGUAUGUGAUAUAUAAGUGACGGGGCGGGUUGUUUUCCAACCAGUUAUUCGUUUCUCACUAGACGGUUUAAAGUCGGCGUGAGAAAAACAAAUCAACCUCAACCAGCAUCACCAUUUGGGCUUUUUUGUGUGGAUACAAACUGUGAUCUAAAUAUGCGUGAAUGUAUCUCUGUGCACGUGGGACAGGCGGGCGUCCAGAUGGGCAACGCCUGCUGGGAGCUGUACUGCCUGGAGCACGGAAUUCAGCCAGACGGCCAAAUGCCCUCAGAUGCUACCGUCGGCAAGUGUGACGACUCGUUCAACACGUUCUUCAGCGAGACGGGCGCCGGCAAGCACGUGCCGCGGGCUGUGUUUAUCGAUCUGGAACCGACCGUCAUUGACGAAGUGCGGACCGGAACCUAUCGUUCGCUGUUCCAUCCCGAGCAGCUCAUUUCCGGUAAGGAGGACGCCGCUAACAACUACGCCCGCGGCCACUACACUGUCGGCAAGGAGCACAUCGACCAUGUCCUUGACCGGAUCCGGAAAAUCGCAGACGCGUGCACCGGUCUCCAGGGCUUCCUGAUCUUCCACAGCUUCGGUGGCGGCACCGGAUCUGGAUUUUCAUCUCUGCUCAUGGAGCGCCUGUCCGUCGACUAUGGGAAGAAGUCUAAGCUCGAGUUCGCUGUGUACCCGGCGCCACAAGUAGCGACGGCCGUCGUUGAGCCGUAUAACGCAAUCUUGACCACCCAUACCACCCUGGAGCACUCCGACUGCGCUUUCAUGGUCGACAACGAGGCCAUCUACGAUAUUUGUCGCAGGAACCUAGACAUCGAGCGCCCGAGCUACACCAAUCUGAACAGGCUGAUCGGCCAGAUUGUCUCCUCAAUCACUGCCUCCCUCAGGUUCGACGGUGCCCUGAAUGUGGAUUUGACCGAGUUCCAGACCAACUUGGUGCCCUACCCGCGCAUCCACUUCCCUCUGGCCACCUACGCGCCCGUCAUCUCCGCCGAGAAGGCCUUCCACGAGCAACUGUCUGUGGCCGAGAUAACAAACGCGUGCUUCGAGCCUGCCAAUCAGUUGGUCAAAUGUGAUCCACGUCACGGUAAAUACAUGGCCUGUUGUCUGCUCUACCGCGGCGACGUCGUUCCAAAAGACGUCAACGCCGCUAUCGCAACCAUCAAGACGAAGCGCACAAUUCAGUUCGUCGACUGGUGUCCCACUGGUUUCAAGGUCGGCAUCAACUACCAGCCGCCCACCGUCGUCCCCGGCGGCGAUCUCGCAAAGGUGCAGCGCGCGUGCUGCAUGCUGAGCAACACAACCGCGAUCGCCGAGGCCUGGUGCCGCCUCGACCACAAGUUUGACCUUAUGUACGCCAAGCGCGCCUUCGUCCACUGGUACGUGGGUGAGGGUAUGGAGGAGGGAGAGUUCUCCGAGGCCCGGGAAGACCUAGCGGCUCUCGAGAAGGACUAUGAGGAGGUCGGUGUUGACACCCAAGACGGAGACGGUGAACAAGAUGACGAAGAAUAUUAACAAGUGUAAUUUGAUACGCAGUUAUCUCCCUGUUGCAAAAAAAUAAUAGAAAAUACAUGCUUGCUUCAAUGAGGUUAAACUUUAAUAGAUUUUACUGUAAGGGAACGUUACAGAUGUGUAAUGUUUAGAGAACUUGAAUAUGUAUUGGCAAUGCUAUUAUUAAAACCAUAUUCGGCUAAUAAAUAGAAAAAAACUCGGUUUGAAAAAUGAACAAUUAUUAAGAAUUUGAAAACAUGUUGAUCAACUAGAACUUUGAUAAAAUAAUUUUGUUAUCCUAUUUGUUUGAUAUAAGUAUUUCAGAUAUUUAACAAAACACACUUUUUAGUCACAUUUUUUCUGUUUUGUUUUUUCUUGCCGAACAUUCAAUUUGUUAAUUGCUUGUGAUAAAUUAUUAUAAAUAAAGGACACUAUCUGUU